AUGGGCGCGCGCAAGCAUGUCCCUGCUGCAGCAUUGCUUGUGCUUCUGCUGCUGCUGCCGUUAUUAUCAUUGGCUGUUAUGCGAUGCGGCUUUGCUUUGGCGAUGCCUGCUCGGCGUCGAUACACCGAGCGCCAUAGGCGACGAUGCUGGCAGCGCACUAGUGCGCUGCAAUGCGUGCCAGAUGGAGCGAGCGACAGCUUACAGCACAGCACUAUACAGUCCAGGCAAAUGCGCUGUCCAAGCCUUGCUCACGUCUCAUCCAAGGUCGCCCGUCUGCUGGAGCGAGAUGCGAGAUGCGAAAAAGAGGGGGAGACAGCAACAAAAGUGCACGCUCAAGUGAUGUCCGGGGCUGAGUGGUGCGACAGCGCGACCAACUUGCCCGCAGACCGCUGGCGCGUCUCUUGCUCUCCUCGUCCUGCAGUCGAAUUUUCAGCCUCUCCGCUACAGUAUGGAUAUGGAUAUGGACGUGACGAUGGCCGUCCAGGGUUCGUGGCCAACCAUGUCUGCUUUCGUCCAGCUACUGCCGCUCGACCCUGGGCCGUCCACUUUUUCGCCCUCCCUCCACCGCCCGCCGUCGCAUCGAGACUCUGGUUGGAAGAGGGAAGAUGCGCAUGA